AUGGCACACUCGAUGGAUAUACCGGAGACCAAUGCGUUCUCGCCUGCUCCGAAUGGGAAAAUGCCGCCAGCCGUCGAACUUGAAUACCUCUCACGAAUCGUCUUCCUCGUUGUCCCGGCCUCCCAAACUCCCCCUUGGUUGGAGGAUCAUAUUGCGGACUGCUUCAAGUCCGAUGUCGACAACUUCCCGGCUUCGGCGACAUGGGAGCAAAUGGUAGACAUGUUUAGAAAGGUCAACAAGGCCGAUCCGCAUUACGAUCCCCAGAUUUUGAAUGUUCUGGUAGAUCUUAACGAGCACGGUGCGCAUGCCGAAGUGUUUGUACUGAUACAAGCAUGUGGAAGACCUCAAUACAUAAUACGGCACACGAUUGUCAGACUCAGGUGGAGACGCCGAAAUGGCAAAUGGCAACUGUAUCAUGUUUUGGCUAUCAGAGCACCCAAUUUGUUUCCUUAG